CGGAGCGUCCGUCGUACACUCGCCGCCGUACUCCUGCCCGGGGGACCGCGGGGCUCCAAGACAGCCUGCACGCAGAAACACGUGGGGCGGCUUCUCAGUCGCACUAGUGCCGCUACCGUCAUGGCGGAGGAAGCUAAGAAGCUGGCGGCUUACGCCGCGGUGGACAAUCAUGUCCAGAACAACCAGGUGGUUGGUGUGGGCAGUGGUUCAACCAUCGUCUAUGCUGUGGACAGAUUAGCGGAGAGAGUACGUCAGGAGAAGCUUAACAUCGUGUGUGUCCCCACCUCUUUCCAGGCACGUCAACUGAUUCUUCAGCAUGGUCUCAGUCUCUCGGACCUGGACAGACACCCAGAGCUGGAUGUGGCGAUCGACGGCGCGGACGAGGUGGAUGCAGCGCUUACGCUGAUCAAAGGUGGAGGUGGCUGCCUCACACAGGAGAAGAUUGUGGCUGGUUGUGCUAAACAUUUCAUUGUCAUCGCUGACUAUAGGAAGGACUCCGAGGCUCUGGGCCAGCAGUGGAAGAAGGGCGUACCGAUCGAGGUCAUCCCGAUGGCGUACGUCCCCAUCUCCAGGCUGAUCGCAAAGCGUUUCGGAGGGGAGGCCAUCUUGAGGAUGGCUGUCAGUAAAGCGGGUCCAGUCGUCACUGACAACAGCAACUUCAUCCUGGACUGGAAGUUUGAGCAUGCUCAGAACUGGAAAGAGGUGAACACGGCCAUCAAGAUGAUUCCAGGUGUUGUGGAGACGGGGCUCUUCGUCGGCAUGGCUGAGCGAGCCUACUUCGGGAUGGAGGACGGAAGUGUGCGGGUUCGGGAUCCUCCAAUCAACUGAGGCUUUUACCACGCCCAUGUGCACCAGCGCCCCUCUGGAAUGACCUCACUUCUCCCGCAAGUGCCAUUGAUAGCAUGAUUCAUAUCCCCCCCUUCAUGUAUAGUGGUUGGGUCAAAGCCACCUCCCCCCACCCCCUGAAGAAACAGAAAGAAAAAUAUUUACUCCUCGAAUAUCUCAAAAAGAAGAUGGCGAGAUGCCCUUGAUUUUGCUUAUUCUCCAAGCGGUGCUUUCAUGGUUUCGUUCAAGUGCCUGAUGGGUAAAAUCAAGUGCAUCUCAAAUUUUCUGAAUCCAUCAAAGUGGGUUGAAUCAGUUCAUCUGGAUACGUUUAUUGACAGAUACAGUUCAUCACUCAGCAGGCCCUGGGUAAGUGGGGUUAUCCUAACUGGGCGUUUGUCAAAACCAGGAAGAUGUCCAAACAGUGCACCCAAUCGAAGAAAGAAGAAGGAAAACCGCUGCUGCCUAAGUGUAAACCAGUGGUGACUCUGUAUGUGGCGGGAGUGUCGGAAAAGCUGAGAUGUGUAUUUUCCAAACACCGCGUCUCAGUUGCUUUCAAACCCCAAAACGCACUGCGUCAGAAGUUGGUCCACCCCCAAGGAUCAGGUCCCCCGGCACAACCACAGCAAUAUAGUGUGCGCUGUUAAGUGCCAGGAGGAUUGCCGUGACUUGUACAUUGGGGAAACCAAACAGACGCUGGCCAAGAGGAUGACACAACACAGGAGAGCUAACACAUCAGGCCAGGACUCCACAGUCUACACCAUCUACAGACCAGUGGCCACUCUUGCAGGGAUGAGGAUGUGCACAUCAUUGAUAGGGAGGAACACUGGUUUGAACGGGGAGUCAAACAGGCCGUCUAUGUAAAGAGGGAACGACCAUCCCUGAACCGGGGGGGGGGGGGGCCUAAGAGUACAUCUGUCGUUGGUUUUGGUUGUUAUGCCACUGUAUUGUUUAUAAGGGUGGGAUACCUGCAGCCAGUUGAGAGUGAGAGGUCACUUAGAUGAGUGAUGAAAUGUAUCUGUCAGUAAAUGUUGUGUCCAGAUGAACUGAUUCAACCUUCUUUGAUUUUCUCACCUGGAUUAUUGAGCAUGCAUCAAGACUGUCUGAAUCCAUGUUCCCUGAACGUAUGUCUGCCGACUCUUCCCAUGAUCAGCUGGAAUGGGAUGGGAUGUGUAGGGUUUUUUUUUUUUUUUUGAAAAUUUAUUUCUGAUUUUUCCCUUUUUCUCCCAAUUUAGUGGCCAAUCGAUCCCUAUUUUAGUUCAAACACCCACCCUCGUACUGUAUGUGUUUGCCAACUGCAUCCCUCCGGCCGGCAGUCUUGAAGGAGACGCCUCGCCACUUCCGUGACAAGGCGAAUCUGGGCCGAACCACUGCUUUUUCCGACACACACAGAGACGCAUUCAUGUGACGAACACAAGCUGACUCCGCCCCCCUCUCGAAGACAGCGUUCCUAUUAUUGCUGCUUCAUCGAAUCCGGCCAUAGUCGGAUCUGACGAGACCGGGGCGCGAACCCCGGUCCCCAGUGAGCAACUGCAUCAACACAAAGCCGAUGCUUAGACCGCUACACCACUGUGGACCCCCUAAGGUUUUGGUUUUUAACAGGUGUAGUGAAGUAAGCAUAUAUUGAACUGAGGUGUGCCUUAAGACCACAAUGAAAUUUUUACCUCAUUUUUUAAUUGUAUUUGAGAUUAUAAUGAAAUCAUCUUUUUUUUUUCAUAUUUUAGUUUAGACAUGUUGGUCAGGUGAAUCGGCCGUACUAAAUUGUCCCUAGAUGUGACUGUGUCAGCCCUGUGAUGGACUGGUGGCCUGUCCAGGGUGUCUCCCUGCCUGCUGCCCAAUGACUGCUGGGAUAGGCUCCAGGAUCCCGCGACCCUACUCAGGAUAUAAGCGGCUUGGAUAAUGGAUCGACGGAUUUUAGUUCCAUCCCGUUGGGGCCAUCUAAAGCCAGCACCCUUUUGUAACAUUUAAGGCAUCGUAGGCCAUCAGAAAUGUGCUUCACCUUGGAAACGGUAUGCCGCCCUUAAGAACCGAAAUCAUUUGAAGCCACAGCUGAAGUAGAGAAUACACAUAAUCUGCUCCGCUGGCACAGACACAAAUUGAGGACUUCCAUAGUGUUACAGCACAUACAUGGCAGAAGGACAACGUGACCUCACACAUGCACGGUGCAAAGUAACCGCGAGGUGUGUAUUUGACAAUAAAUGGUGUACCUCGGCACCAAAGUGGUUGAGAACCACUUCUAGAGGGUUUGGUAAUAUCACACCGUCACUGCCAGAGCAUCUAUCUGCUAUGUGGUCCCCAGAUCCUACAGUCUGUCAGAAUGGAAAAUAAUAUUGGGUACAGAUGUGUGUGUGUGUGUGUGUGUGUGUGUGUGUGUGUGUGUGUGUGUGUGUGUGUAUACGUAUAUAUAUAUAUAUAUAUAUAUAUAUGUGUAUACUGUCUGUGUCUAACGUAAAUACAGCACAUUUCAGUUUCUGCAACUUCGAAUACUUGAUAUACAGCGAUUCUCUUAACCAAUUUAAAUUCAGACUGUAAAAAGUACAAUAAGAAAAAUUGACUAUUUUCUGUUAAUUUAAAUGUGAUGAAAUUACUUACAUUUGUUGUUAUUGGAGUGCUGACAUAGCUUUGCAUCUGAAAUUGGGUCAAGGUUCAAGUUUUUUAUCAUCAUGAGCACAUGGUGGCAUGGAAGCAAGGCUGUGAAGUUCUUUGAUUGGCGGUUGCUCCAACACCUCUUCUUGUUUUCCAAAUUUGUAAUUUUCCAGAAAUGCCCCACACAUUACAAAGUUAAGUUUGUGGUAUUUUUUUUUUAACUAGAAAUGUCAGAAGAGGGCACACCUACACCACACAUCUUUGCUAUUUGACUUGUUCUGAAAUGGGAUGUACUAUUCAUUUUCAAUUCAAUCUAGUAUUUACACCAGAGUCUUUUUCUUCUACUUCUUUUUGUGUCUGGGCACAAAGGGUUACUUUUUUUUAUAGAUUCUCCAAUUUAGAAGGGAAAAAAAUCAAUUUACUCAGUCAGCUCCAAUGACUUUCACUUCCUUAAUAGAAUAGACCAAUGUCACAUGGAAAUCAUCAAGAUGAGGAAGUAUGAAUUGAUUUUUUUUCUUCCAGAAAAUUAUAAAUAAUAUACAAACGUAUCUCCUUUUGCUCAGAGGCAAAAAAAAAGUACUACAGGAAAAUCAAAUAUUAUGGUUGGAUCCAUUGUUUUCUUUAGAACUGUAGUAAAAGCAUUUUAAAAGUUCCACUGUGAGCACAAAGCCCCAAAAAUAACCCUUUGUAGAAGUGAAGACUAGUCAGGAUGUCCUCAUUUAGCAAAAAUGUUCUCACUUGUUAAAAUUUCAAAUUUGUCCUCACGAAUAUAGCUGAACAAGAACAGAGAGAGAGAGAGACCACAGCAUGCAUGUUCUCUCAUUUGUGCAUUACAGACUUUGCUUGUGCUUCUCUCAUGCCUUGCCUAAACAGUUGCAGGAGGUCUUGUCAUGGACCUUAGCCAACCUUAACAGACAUCGGUCAAUUUUUUUCUUUUCAUUAUCUGCCCCAACAAAAAGUAAACACUGAUCAGUGGUAUGAGUUAUGUAGGUGAGAGGGGCUGACCAGCAACAAAGGUUAGAAGUCACAUUUGAACAUGCAACACUGAUUUGAAAUAAUUUGAGCAGUUAACAUGGGCAACUAUGCAACCAAAUUUGAAAAAACAAAACAUUUUUUUCUGCUCUAAAUGGCAUAUUGCAUGUUUUCAGGAGGCAGAUGAUGUGUAAUGUCUGUGAUGAGCAUGCAGCUGGCUUUGAAAGUGAUCUGAUGGCGCCAUCUGUAACAUGGGAAGGGCCUGUAUUGUCCCUCAACUCUAAAGCUGCACGUCGAUCUUCCAGUAAUAUCUUCGGAGCUAUUUUCCCAAGCGUUACAUAUCUGUCUUGUCAGUCUUUUGAAAACGUCUGUAAAACUGUUCGUCAUGAUGUCAAACAAAAGUUACAUUAUCAUCAACACUUCAGAACCGUACUUUGUCUUAAUUUUCUACUACUGGUCGCCUCUUCUUGGAGUAGCUGUCACUGUCUUUCCAGUGAUAAGUGACAUCACAUUCUGCCUUAUAGUUUCUGUUUUUAUGUCAAAUAGCUAUUGGGUGGGAAGUUAAACACCAGCUGAAUGCUGGCCAAAUUUUGGUUGAGGUUAUUAAGGUUUGUUGGCCACUUUUGGUAGGUAACUGGCCACCAUUUGGAGGAGAAGCUCUGUUCUAUCAACCAAACGGGUUGGUGAAGUACUGUUGCUUUCUGGUGAGCAUUUGGGACGUUCCAGCCACUGUGACUUGGAGACAAUAAUGUAAGUUAGGUUUGCCACCCUGACAACAUCUGGCCCAGUUUGGGUCAAAUGUUUAGUUUAGCGUGUUGAAUGGUUUUGCACCAGCAUGCUUUGGUCGUUUUGUUAUUUUCAGUCGUUCAUUAUGUACCAGUAAGACUUAUUAUGAUUUUGCUGUUAAGGUACUAUCGUAGAUUGUGUGUCAACCAAAUACAGGACCAAACUGACCACAUUUAUGGCUACUGCUUGUCUUCAUUCUCGCCUUUGUAUUUCUUUUCAAAUAAA